UUGCUCCACAUCUGUGCCCCUGAGCUUCUCCCCUCCCCCUCCUCCCGGCGUGCUGAAGCCUCAGAGAGGGGCACACACAAGGAAAAGUUUCCGAAAGUCUUAGUAUACCCCUAUGCUGGCGCAUCACUGGAGCGUAGUGUUUCCAAGUACUUGAGUCACGAUGAGCUGUCAGGGGGGAAAGGGGAAUCGCCAGAAGACACGCUUGCGCUUACGUUUAAUCUGUCUGCCGGGCUGGGAAAAGAAGAAUUUGGGAUGCUAAGAAAGUGUUCUCCAUGAAGAUACCAGCCAAACUGAGGUUCACAUCCAAAUGAAGGGACACAAACUGUGGAUCACUUUUAGAAGUUGGUUAAUAUUGGUUCACAGGACUAGAUAACGUUUACCGCAGACCCCCACACAGCGUAAGCCCAUGCCUUUGGCAAAGCCAGUGUCUUAAAGGUUCUGAGGUGGAAAAAUUUGGCUGCGUGAUGAUGGAGACCCAGCAUGCCCCAUUGCCGCACAUGGGGGCUCAAGAUGUGUAUGAUUUCUGCGACGACGGGGAAUCCCUCAGGAGGCUGAAGCCAAUGGCGAUGCCGGUGGAGACAGCGGUUGGUGGUGUUGAUGGCACUGUUGGAAAUGGUGGCAGUAGCGUGGACGUUGUGGAGCAGCCCCUCAAGAAGAGAAAGCGUUGUGGGGUCUGUGAGCCAUGUCUGAGAAAGGAACCUUGCGGAGCCUGUUACAACUGCGUGAACCGAAGUACAAGUCACCAGAUAUGCAAGAAGAGAAAGUGCGAGCAGCUGAAGAGGAAGCGAGUGGUACCGCUAAAAGCAGUAGAGGUUGUAAAUGAGGACAGCUCCGACAUUCUGCCGAAUGGAGAAACGCCGACUGUGACGAAUUGUUCAGAAAGUAUUUUAGUUGAUGGACCCAAAACAGAGCAAAUGGAAACGGGGCCAGCCAAUCCUGUUGAAGAAGGAAGGGUGAUGCAGGCAUGUGACAGAGUCCUGCUGAAUAAGGGAUGUGAAGAUUUGGGAAGCAGGCUACUAAUGGAAGCAAACAGUUGGUUAAGCAAUACUCCUAUCCAACAGGAUUCUGGUGAAAAAAUAAAUUGGGAAAAUGCGCACAUCAAUCAUGCUGCUGCUAACAGUUCAAAUUUAGAAGAUGCCAAAAACCUAGUAGCAUUCUCUGCUGUGGCCGAGGCUGUGUCCUAUGGUUUACCAGCAUCAGGGACACCAUCUAUGGCUUCAAUGCAGCUGUAUGAAAAGUUCAAUUAUGAGACAAAUAGAGAAAGCUCUAGCAUUCCAGAAAAUAAACCACCACCUUGCCCAGAAGAUCUAAAUACUCUAAAAACAGCCCUGGAACUCGCAAAACAUGGCAUGAAACCCCCAAACUGUAACUGUGAUGGACCCGAAUGUCCAGAUUACUUGGAAUGGCUUGAGAACAAAAUUAAAUCUGCUGUUAAGGACCAUCAAGAUGGCUCACACAACCCACUCAGUCAGGUCAGCAGGGAAAAGAACUACUCGAAAGAACAGGUGCUUGCACUAGAAAAUAAGAUUGCAAAAUGCCCAUCUGGCUCCCUUCCCUUUUCUCAAAAUGCAUGGAGCAUUGCAAAAGAGAAAAAUAUAAGUCUGCAAACUGCGAUCGCCAUAGAAGCGCUUACUCAAUUGUCUUCUGCACUUCCACAAACAAACAAGGAUUGCCCCAAUGGCCCUUCACAGACACCUUUACCUUCCCAUGAUCGUCUAACACAUUUUCCGUCUGCAAAGGGUGACCAGGGUCAGUUAUUACCAAUGUCAUGCAAUGAACUGUUUCCCCAGUCCCAACUAUACACUGGUAAUAAUGCACUUGCUAUGUCUCAAACCUCCAGACAAACGUCUUGGGAUCAAAACAAAACCCCUAGUUAUCCAGAAGGACAAUACAUUCCAGAAAAAAUAUCUCAUGGCACUCCUAUGCUGCAAAAUGAGACAUCCACUCCACAAAAAUCAGAAUUUAUGCAGCAAUGGGUUCAAGGUCCAGAGCAACGAAAAACGCCGUCAGAUCCCAUGACCGGGUUGAAGCAGUUGCUUGGGAAUCCAGAUGAUUACAUUAAGUCUGGUUUCAAGGGACCUGAGUCCAUAACCCCCAAAGUAAAAAAGUCGAAACAAAGCUCUGUUAAGAAAGAAACCCCAUCAUCUGAUUUUUACAAAAUGUCACCAGAUCAGCAGUUAUCUCAGCUGUUCCAAGAAGCAAAUAUGCAUAGGAAUGCACAGGCUGCAUUACAGCAACACCUUCACCAUAAACGCAACCUCUUCAUAGACCCACACACUAAACAGGAGGUUCCACCAGAACAACACUGGUGGGUGCCAAGCCCACAAAAGGUCCCAAAGACCACAGAUAAGCCAGAUAAACCAGUAAAGGAGAGGAAAAAGAGAGGGCAAUCGCCAUCGCAAAAACAAACUGAGCCGAAAAUAAAAGCCCCUCGUAAACAAAUACAGAUUAAAAAACCCAAGCAAAAAGAUGGCCAGGACCUCUUCUUGCCAGUGAGCCAAAUUAAAAUAGAAGAAUUUCGCCAAUUUCUGCAUGAAGGGAGCAAACCAAAUGAAAAGGUUGAGCAGUCUCUUCCCGAUGACAAAUCAAUGGUGCUUACAUCACAGCUUGGGUUACAGGCUAAUCUUGACAACAGAUUUACAUUAAACACUCAGGAAAUGUGCUCUGUAAAUCAGUCUGAUGGGCAGGGCAAUAGCUUAUCACUAGGUAUUCCUCAAACCAACAGUUUUGGUGCUAAAAAUACAAAUGCGGCAUCUUCAGUUGAUGAUACCAGCUCUAGCUCUGGACAGAGUGAAUCUGUCAGUCAGCAGGCCAAUGUAGGUCAUGUUUCCGCUCAAAAUGAUCUAAUUGAUGACAAAUUUGAAGACUUGAUUAGGCAGUUUGAAGCAGAGUUUGGUGAUGACUUCCCGCUCCCAAGUACAGAGAUGGCCUCUCAAAAUGGUGCGUGUCCUGCAAAACCAGCAACUUCUUUAGAGCCACAGGCUAGACUCCCCUUUCUUCCUCAACCACUGUCUGCUCCAAGGUCUACCAUGCCCUUAGGACAGCAAUUGUCUCAGAAUUAUGAAAGCCUGUUCUCCUCCAAGCCUCCAAAACAAGUCAAAAUUGAGACUUCUGGUGCUAUUACAGUGGUAUCUACCACAUGCUCAUUCUCAGAGGAAAAUCAACUUGAUGGGACUCCUACAAAAAGCGAACUGCCAUUUAAUCCUACUCUUAGUGGGUUUUUGGAAUCUCCAUUAAACUAUUUAACAUCUCCAACCAAGAGUUUAUUGGACACUCCAGCUAAGAAGGCUCAGUCUGAAUUCCCAACAUGUAACUGUGUGGAGCAAAUUAAUGAGAGGGAUGAAGGACCAUAUUACACUCACCUUGGAUCUGGACCAACUGUAGCAUCAAUUAGAGAAUUAAUGGAGGAAAGGUAUGGAGAGAAAGGGAAAGCAAUCCGCAUAGAAAAAGUCAUUUACACAGGAAAAGAAGGGAAGAGUUCCAUGGGUUGCCCUAUUGCUAAAUGGGUCAUCCGCCGGCAGAGUGAGGAAGAGAAGCUGAUGUGUUUGGUCCGCCACCGAACUGGCCACCAUUGCGAGAAUGCUGUCAUUAUUAUAUUAAUCAUGGCUUGGGAGGGAAUCACUCGUUCCUUGGGGGAUAAGUUGUAUGAUACUAUCACAGAAACCAUCACCAAAUUUGGAAACCCAACAUCAAGAAGAUGUGGCCUGAACGAUGAUCGGACUUGCGCGUGCCAAGGUAAGGAUCCCAACACCUGUGGCGCCUCUUUCUCCUUUGGGUGUUCAUGGAGCAUGUACUUCAAUGGUUGCAAGUUUGCUCGAAGCAAAACGCCAAGGAAAUUUCGACUUGUGGGUGAUCAUCCAAAGGAGGAGGAGCAUCUUAAUGAUAACUUUCAAGAUCUGGCUACAAAGGUUGCUCCACUUUACAAGAGGCUUGCUCCAGAGGCUUACCAAAAUCAGGUUAACAAUGAGGAUGUAGCAAUAGAUUGCAGGCUUGGGAUGGAAGAGGGACGUCCGUUCUCCGGUAUUACAGCAUGCAUGGAUUUCUGUGCCCACGCACACAAAGACCAGCACAACCUCUACAAUGGCUGCACUGUGGUCUGCACCCUUACAAAGGAAGACAACAGGAUGGUUGGUAAGAUUGCUGAAGAUGAACAACUCCAUGUGCUGCCACUUUACAAGGUCUCCACCACAGAUGAGUUUGGGAGUGAAGAAGGCCAACAUGAAAAGAUCAGGAAAGGGGGAAUACAGGUGCUGACGGCUUUCCCCCGCGAAGUCCGCAAGCUUCCCGAACCUGCCAAAUCUUGUAGGCAGAGGCAGUUAGAUGCUAAGAAGGCAGCAGCUGAGAAGAAGAAGCUUCAAAAGGAUAAACUAAUCACCCCAGAUAAAACCAAGCAGGAACCAGCAGAAACACCAAGAAACCCAGGUACACCACAGCAACAGGUAAAGCCUUGUAUAAAAGUGGAGCCUACAAAUCACUACAAUACCUUCAAGUAUAAUGCAAAUGGAGUUGUUGAGAGCUACUCUGUAUUGGGCAGCUGCAGACCUUCUGAUCCCUACAGCAUGAAUAGUGUUUACUCCUACCAUUCUUUCUAUGCACAAGCACCUAACCUGCCUUCUAUCAAUGGCUAUCACUCACAAUUUGCUCUUCCUCCCUUUGGAUAUUAUGGUUUACCCAAUAAUCCAGUGGUCCCUUCUCAAUUUUUGAAUUAUGGUUCCAAUGACAAAAGGACUGGUGGGUGGAUGAGCAACGCGUUUGAGAAAAAGUCUGAAAUGCAACCAGCAGCAGUCAGUGCGAAUCAUGGUUAUGGAAAUGAGUCAUCUGAGCAAAAUUAUGGGCGGUCAGGAGAUCUGGCACAGCAGUACAAUCUUUAUGAUGCAAACAGUCAAAGAUCAGCAAAUACCCCCCACCGGACUACACCUGUCCCAAUGGAUAACACUCCUUAUUCGUCGUAUUUUAACAAAGCAAUUAAGAAGGAACCUAUGAAUGACUAUUUGCACAAUGCAUUCCAUAGACCCCUUAGUGUCCAUUCUCAUUCUCAGAGUCCUGCUUUGAAUCUCUCAUUACCGAAAAAUGAUCAGGCCAUUCCCUAUAAAGCAAAUGGGGCACUGCCUCUUUCUGAGAAGACAAAUUCAGAAGGUUCUCAAAACAUGUUUAUGAAUAGUGAGAAAAGCGGCUUAACAAAUGGUCUGGGUAAGAUAGAUUAUUAUGGUGUCCAAUCACAUGGCAUGGGUUUGAAGAACAUACAUGGACCAAAUAAGCAAUGGGGUGCAUAUGAGAUGGAUGCUCAGACUGGCCAGCGUGAUUCUGACACUCCAGGAAAGAUCUGGAGCUCAUGCAAGCUCAGUGGAAGUUCUGCCAUCACUCAGGAGAACUGGAAUAGUGGUCGUGCUAUGAAGGAGACCCAGAUGUUCCAAGAAAAGCUCUGGAAUUCAGUUGCUGGUAAUGAUAGGUGCAGUGUGACACCUAGUUCCAGUAUGCAGGAAAAGCCAUGGAAUAUGUUUGUGUCUUCAGCCACUCCAUCAACCCCCUUAAAAUCAGAAACCUGGGAUCCAUAUAGUCUAGAUGAUAAUAUAGAUGAUACCCCAGUAAAGAAAGAGGAGGAUGAUGAUGAAGUGUGGUCCGACAGUGAGCACAAUUUUCUUGAUGAAAAUAUUGGAGGAGUUGCUGUAGCACCAGCCCAUGGCUCCAUCCUUAUAGAGUGUGCACGAAGAGAGCUCCAUGCCACUACACCUCUAAAAAAGCCUGAUCGCAGUCAUCCAACCCGCAUUUCCUUGGUGUUCUAUCAACACAAGAACUUAAAUCAACCUAACCAUGGACUGGCACUUUGGGAAGUCAAAAUGAAGCAAUUGGCAGAAAGAGCACGGCAGAGGCAGGAGGAAGCUGCUAGACUGGGGAUCAAACAAGAAGUUAAAGGCUUUGGCAAAAAGAGAAAGUGGGGUGGUGCUGCUACUACAGAGACCCCACCUGUUGAAAACAAGGACAGUAUCCCAACUCGACAAGCAGCUCCUAUGUUGACAAACUCUUUCACCACUUCAUCUUCCUAUGCCUAUACCAAGGUUACGGGACCAUAUAGUCGCUGGAUAUGAGAUUAAAACAGCUACCAUUGUGGCCAUUGUACCUCAGCUAUUUGACAGCACUCUAAUAUAUGGUGCUAUUUUGGUGCUUUUUUUUUUUUUCUCCUGUGUACCACAGGGGGAUACUGUAUCUGUACACAUCUCCCAGGACUUGAUCCACAAGAGAACUAUUACUGUAUCUUUUUUUUUUUCAAUUAAUCUUAAAAAAGGUUUCUAUCUGCAUUUUUUACACCUACUGUUGUACAACAAAUAACAGGAAUAUCUUGGCAUCCUUUUAUGACACACACACAAAAAGAAAAAAAAAAAAAGAUUUUUAACUGCAUUCAAACAUAUAUUUAUUGGAUUUUAUAGAACAAUAAUGGUGCAAAAUUUAUAGCCAGAUCACAUCUGCAAAGGUUUUCUAAGCUACUAAAAAUCAUAGCUGACUUGCCACCAAAAAGUAUGCUCACGACAAGGAACUUUAUUUUUGUCCAUCUAGCAGUCUCAUAGAGGAUGGUCAUGAUGUAUCUACGGCAGCGGCUACACCACAGAUACAGUAAUCCUUUUAAAAUCAAAUAUUAGAGCGUCUGCCUCAUUAUAAUUGGAUCUUGAAAAUGAUUGCCACCUAGACAUAGCUUCUUCUGGAUCAAUAGAACCAUCUGUUGAUGCAGUAAGACUCUGUUCCCACUAGUAUUAAUAGGGUUCUGUCUGGCUUUCUGGUAUUUUAAAUUUUUAAAUUUUUUGGAUGGAUCUGAAAACGGAUCUAGCAUAGAUGACAUGGCUCUAUUAUGAACGGAAUGUAUGAACAGAGCCGAAUACGGAUGUGUUUGAGAAUAUGACCAUUGAAAAUCGAUGUAUAAAAUCACCAUUUUAUUUCAAGCAGCAUUUUAUAACAUUUUAAAUAUAUUUAUAAAAAAAAAAAAAAAAACAUCUAAUAAUUUUAAACGUGUUCUUCGGGAAAUCAAAGUACAGGCUACACCCCCCCUCCUAUUGUCAUGUAUGUAAAACCUUAUUUAAUUACAUGUUAAAAAUAAUCAUUUUAAUAAAAUUAUUUUUUUUUACCACGUGGGAGAGGAAGCCUGUUUCUAACACACCAUUAUCAUUUUAACAAUCUUUUUGCUGCUACUUUUUGCACAAGAAGUGAUAUUGAUUGGAAUCUUUGAGUCAUUUUCAAUGCACAUCUGUUUGUUCCCCUUUUUUGGAACUUCUUUUUGAAAUCUGUAAAAUUUUAACCUACAAACAGGUUGUAUGUACCCCUGUAGUAAUGUAAAAAAAUGAAUGAAUUUGUAAAUUGUAGACAAAAGGGCUGCUGUAUCUUGCAUCCAGUGAGAACUGUGAAUAUUAUACCAUUGUUGUCUGUAUUCCUUUGAUAGCAUACAUGGUGCUGGUAGGCUCUGGGGCAUUCUCUCUUUCAUUUAUAUCAUGAACACUGCCAUGCAGACCACAAUCUCCUGGAAUUCCUUCAGUUUUUUGGUUUUGUUUUUUUAAAUUCCCAGCAAGUUUUUUUUUUUUUUUAUACUGUAAAUGUGUUCAAUCCUUUUUAAUAAUUUAAUGUUUUAUGAUUUUUUUGUAUUAUUUUUGUUUUCUGGUGGUAGGGGGAGGUGCAAGGAGUUUGGUGCUUUAUCUCCUUACAAACCGGACAAUUAUUUCAACAUGGAAAAUCUAUGACGGCAACACCUAUUUUUUUCGGCCUGAAGAGUACAGGUGCUAUGAAGAAUAAAGAAAUAAAAUAAAAGUAUUUUUAUGAAAGUAGCAGAAUUAAGACUAUUUAGAUUUUUAGGGGGUAAAUGUAUUAGUCUCUAGAUUGGAUGAAGGUUGCAAGGUUGUGUCAAAGACACAACAAAGAUACUGCACCUAUAUAUUAUUGACUGCCCCAACUACCGGGGCAGUUUGUUCCAUACCGAAUGUAAAUCCAGUUCUAACUCCAUUUUAAAUAUUAUUAUUAUUUUUUAUUUGUGGUGCAUAACACGUGGGGGAGAAGACCCCAUAAAGCUAAAUUUUUUCGAAUCAUCAGUCUGUAAAUAGCUUUUUGUUUUUUGCCUGACUUCUAAUUUGAUUUUAAAGCACUUUUUAUCCUGCUGCAAAGACAUAGAUAAUGGGAGAAUUGUAUAUAGAGGUAGAAUAUUUAAAGCAAUGUGGCCGUCCUACCAAUAACUAUAUCUGCUUUUAUAUAUAUAUAUAUAUAUAUAUAUAUAAAAAAAAUAUAUAUAUAUAAUUUUUUUGUUGUAAUUUGUAAGCUACAGAAUUGUUACUAUUGUACAGUCUAGAGCAGCCAUUUGAAAAAAAGAAGAUAAUGCCACUCCACCCCCCACUAUGUACCCGUACAGCUCCAUAUAAAUGGUAUGUUUCUCUCAGGCCGGGGACAUUGACAUUAGAUGACAUCUCCAUCAUGAGACUAAUGUGUGACGUCUUUCUUAAGGAAGACCAAAAAACAACUAUUGGCUCCUUGCAAUUUGCAUUUCAUUUUUACCUUGUAUAAACUGACCUUUGACAACUGCAGUAUAAAAUAAAACAUUCAUUUUUCAA